AUGCGCACUCUGAAACAGCGUGCCUUACCAGCUCCUUCACCAGCAUCCCGUAUCAAUAAUUUAAACUCCGAAGCGACCAGCGAAGCGAGCAGCUCAGCAUAUUACCCACAAACUAACGGUGCAUUAGAAAGAUUCCAUGCAGUACUCAGAGAUCACUUACUCAACAAAAAAGUCACACAAUUGGUCGUACCACUCGCAAUAAUGUGCCAUAAUACCUCACUUAAUCAGUCCACAGGCUUCACUCCUCAUGAACUCCUAUUCGGUUACAAACCUCGUUUGCUUUAUACCCUUAAAGACUCACGCGAAUUCACAACAAACGACUACCUCAAUGACCUUAACGAACGCCUUAAGAUUUCUCGUGACAUAGCU